AUGUUAAGGAAAAGCAAAAUAGUAAUUUUUAAGUACAUUCUUAAUCUCAUUAACGGAGCUUUCUUGAUUCUUGGACUUUUACUCAUGGGAUUUGGUACAUGGCUUUUAUUAUAUAGAAACAAUUUUUUGACUAUUUUGGAUGACAAGACUCACUUGAUAUCAUGCAUUGCCCAAAUACUGAUUGGAACGGGAUCCGCUACUGUUCUUCUUUGUCUGUUGGGUUUUUUGGGAAUUCACAAAGAAAUCAGAUGGCUCCUAAUUCUCUACGCAGCACUGAUCAUGUGCUCCAUUGGUGUUCAGGUUGUGCUGGCAGUACUCACCUUCACACAGAGAAGCAAGGUUUACCAAGUAUGGAUCACAGAAUUUGAUUUAGUCAUCUCUAAAUAUGGAUCUAAAAAUAUGCCCGAAGAAAUACCCAAGUGGACUGUCCUUGAUUUGUUGCAGAAAACAUUACAGUGUUGUGGCCAAAACAAUUACACAGAUUGGAUAAAGAACACCAAUAAAGAAAAUUCAAAUCAGGUUCCAUGUUCUUGCACAAAUUCUACAUUAAGAAAAUGGUUUUGUGAUGUGCCACUGCAUGCAACUUACCUAGAGGGUUGUGACAAUAAAAUCAGUACCUGGUAUGGUGUUAACAUUUUAACUUUAAUUGGGAUUAUCUUUGGACUUUUGGCUUUACAGAUGUUGCAAGGCUCGUUAACCAUUUCUUUCUUCAGACUUACCAGGAAUAAAAUAUUUGCCAAAAUGUGA